AUGGAGUGGGUUAACUUUACUACAACUUCAGCAGCCACAAGAACAGACACGACAGCUACACUGGCCACCAUUGGGGACAUCAGCACCGAUGUCCACAUGGCCAUCAUGAGCUUUUACUUCUAUUUUUUAUGGCCGACCCUGAUCGGCCUGGGAGUGGUGACCAACUUGAUGGCUAUCAUUGUCUUUGUGGACAUGGGUCUGCACGACAGCGUGUCCAUCUCCUUCUUGGCGCUGUCCAUUGCUGACCUCCUCUACCUACUCUUCUCCUCCGUAGUGGCGGUGACAGCAGCCAUCGGCAUCCAGCCGUGGCAAAGCGGACUGACCAUACACGUAUACUUCCUAGGGGGGUACGCUGCCUGGUACGAGGGUCUCUUCAUGGAGACCGCUAUGGGCAUCAUCGCCUACAUCAGCCUGGCGAGGUGUUGCUGCGUGGCGAUCGCCCUCAAGUUCAAGAACACCUUUACUGUGAGGAGAACGCUGGUUAUCAUCGGCGCCAUCCUUUGCUUGGCGGUAGUCACCAGAAUCCCCCUUUUGAGAACCACUGGUCUCUACUGGUACACGAACCCUGCCAAUAAUAUUACUCGCCUUUUCGCCUACUUUAACGAAGACUUCAAUGCCAAGAAAGAGGUGCAUGACAUCAUCAACAGGACCAUCUUCCCGAACGUCUUGCUAAUCAUUGUCUUUAUAUGCGCCAUCAUACUCACCCAUACCUUGAUCGUAGCAGCUCGAACCAGACGAGAGAUGACCGGAAAGGUCACAGUGGCCUCGCAUAAUCACAAAAAAGAAAAGGCCGAUCUCUCGCUCCAAACCAAUCAGACGGGCGAGAAAAAGGCUGCAGAGGAAUCUCGGGGUCAGACGCUGAGCGGCAAAGAGAUUCAAGUGGUCAAGCAGGUUACAGCCGUGGCCGGGUUCCUCUUGCUGGCUGUCUUCGUGCUGUCUGUCAACAGCAUAGCCCAGGUCAUUGUGCCCGAGUUCAUGUCUGGAAGGCGCUACAAGCGGCUGUAUAACGUUACGGUGGGCUUCGGUAGCUCGUGCUGCCACCUGAACGCCUGCGUCAACCUGUUCAUCUACUUGAGGUUCAAUAGAAGGUUCAGGCAGGUUUUCAUCAGGCUCUUUACUUGUUCAGGAGCUAAACAAACCUAG